AAAUUUGUUCGGCUCUGACGCUUUUUGCAAUAUCAGUAUCAGACCUAAGACACAGCGUCUGAAUAAGAAUGGAUACAACUUCGGCCCCUCUGUUAUUUUUGACCUCAACUGUUUCAUUUGAAGACAUAAAGGAUGGAAACGAAACCACCACUAACGUUUUCGCACAGCCAGGCUGGCAAGUAGCUCUCUGGGCGAUUGCAUACGCAUUGAUUGUAACCGUGUCCGUGAUUGGAAAUGUAACUGUCAUUUGGAUCAUUCUCGCACAUCAGAGAAUGAGGACAGUAACCAAUUACUUCAUUGUGAAUCUAGCGUUUUCCGACGUGUCAAUGGCAGCUUUCAAUACCGUUUUCAACUUCGUCUACGCCUUGCACAAUGACUGGUACUUUGGAUUAGGAUACUGUAGGUUCCAAAAUUUCUUUCCCAUCACGGCUAUGUUCUCAAGCAUAUACUCCAUGACAGCAAUUGCUGUUGAUAGGUACAUGGCCAUAAUCCACCCAUUAAAGCCCAGGCUCUCCUCAACCUCCACAAACGUAGUCAUCGGAUUGAUCUGGGCUGUAGCUUUCUCCCUGGCUUUCCCACAGUGUUUCUACGCCAAAACCAUCUUUUACUCCCCCCGCACUGUUUGCUUGGUGGACUGGCCUGAAGACAUUGGGGGAAAGCAUCAGCUUGCGUACCAGAUUGCAUUGAUCAUCCUGAUCUACCUGCUCCCUCUGCUGGUGAUGCUCGUGACCUACAGCCUUGUGGGCCGGACAUUGUGGGGCAGUGAGAUUCCUGGGGAAGCCUCAGAACACUAUCAGAACCAGAUACAGGCCAAACGGAAGGUGGUGAAGAUGAUGAUUGUGGUUGUUGUGACCUUUGCCCUCUGUUGGCUGCCCUUCCAUAUGUACUUCAUUCUGGGCAGCUUCAAUAAGGAUAUCUAUAAUCAGAAGUACAUCCAACAGGUCUACCUGGCCAUAUUCUGGCUGGCCAUGAGCUCCACCAUGUACAACCCCCUCAUCUACUACUGCCUCAACCAAAGAUUCCGUGCAGGUUUUCACCGUGCCUUCCGCUGGUGUCCUUUCAUCACUGUAUCAGAAGAGGACAAGAUGGAGCUGCAGCACAGAAGGACCUUCAUGAUGACACGUAGUUUCCGUAUGGAGUCUACCACCACCACAAUGUAUCGUGACUCCGCCGAACACACCACUACCAAGCUUAUCAAAGCCUGA